AUGGGCCGGCCCUGCCUCCUCGCCGUCUUCGGCACCUCGCACCCACAUGCCCGGGCCCUGGACUCCUCCCCCGCGGCCGCGGAACCGCUCGCCGCCUCCGCCUCCCCGUUCGACGCGGCGCUGGCGGCCCUCCAGAACCAGAUCGGCUACGCGUUCCGGUCCCCGGACCUGCUCCGCCGGUCCAUGACGCACGCCUCCUACUCGCGGGAGAACGGGCGCGCGCUCGCCGUGCUGGGCCUCGCCGCGUCCCAGUCGGCCGCGGCGCUGCGCGCCCUCGCCAACGACCGCGACGCGCCGGCCUCCGCGGUCUCCCGCGCCGCGCGCGACGCCGGGGAGGCCGCCUGCGCCGCGGCGGGCGCGCGCGCGGGCAUCCCGGCGAUCGUGCGCGUCGCCGGCGGGACCAAGGCGUCCGCGGCGCCCGUCGUGUGCGGCGCGCUCAGGGCGCUGGUCGGCGCCGUGGCGGUCGAUAACGGGACCGCCGACGCCGCCGCGGAGGUCUUCUGGCGGCUCCAGGUGCUCUCGGCAACCGCCGCCAUGUGAUGCGACCAGACCACGAAUGUUCGUCCGAGAGGGUUUGCAGUUGCGGAUCAGU